AUGACGCCGAAGGCCGUGUACGUCAUAUUUGGAGGUGAGUUUGAUGCAAAAAGAAUGGCGGGGUUAAAAAAUGAUUUAUUUUUGAUUUUGCGGUCAAAAAGUUUGUAGAAAAAUAAAUUUCUACUUUUUUGGUCAAGAAGUUUAUAGAAAAUGCAAUUUUUUGUCUUCCGGUCAAAAAGUUUACAUACAAUCUUUAUUUUUGCCAUUUCUACCUUUAUAACCUUGUUAUGUCCAUAUUGUAAAUUCGGCCAUAACAAGUUAUAUUGUACUUACUAAUUGCGUAUAACGAGUAAAUAUUAUGGUAUUAUAUUCUAAUUGAUGACCUAAUCUGUUCGUUAAGCUCAAUUCAGUAUGAGAUAAACAGUACGUUUGGUGUCAAAUGGCAAUGCUUUUAACACAUGGCGAGGAUUUGAGUAACAAAGUUCAAAAUUAAAAAAUUAGGCUUACUGUAACAUUAAAAUUACGGUGAAACUUAAGCUUUUUGUUUUAAAAAGCAAAUUUUUUAAAUUUAAAAUUUUUUAAAAAAUUUUUUUUUUAUUUAAAAUUUUUUUAGUUUUACUUAUAUCAUCGAUUGUCAGCGCUCAAAGAUACCAUACCUUGAGGAAUUUGCGUGAAGCUGUGUUCGGGUUCGCUCCAUCGUCAAGCAGUUCAGAAUCUGUAAGUUAUUAGUUUUAUGUAUUAUAUAAAAUGUAAGUUAGGCUUACAAACAAUUGUAUAGGUUUAAACGUAUUGGACAUAAAGAACCCGCCAUACUUUGCCUGUAAUUUCCUGUAAAAAUGGCGGGUUCUUUAUGUUGGCACCUAAUAGUAAGUUUAGACAUUUGAAUUAGGCGUAGGGGCUUAGACAUCGUAGGGUCAGGCUUAGAAGGCUUAGGAUUAGUAGGCUUAGUCCUAGUAGACUUAGGCUUAGUAGGCUUUUUAGGCUUAGGCUUAGUCGGCUUCGGCUUAGUAGGCUUAGGCUUAGUAUGCUUAGAACUAGUAGGCUUAGGCUUGGUAUGCUUAGGCUUAGAAUUAGUGGGCUUAGGCUUAGCCACCUUAGGCUUUAUAGGGUUAGUUUUAUUGGGCUUAGGCUUAUUAGACUCGCUUUACAUAUUCAUUCAAAACACUUGUUUAACGCGUUAAAGCUAUUAAUGCGUCAAAUUGUACAGACGUACGUAUUCAUGAAACACAGAGUAAUUACUCACGGGUCAUUGGAAGUCAUGAAUAACGUACGUUUCUGUGGGUUCAAAAGCUUAAUAUUUAGGGUUUUUUUUAAUUUUACAGUGUAUUUAAAGUCAAAAAAUGCGUUUUCAUGUAAUUUUUUUUCUAUAAAUUUUGUGACCUGUGUAAAAAUUUUACUUUUUUAUUUUUUUUGGCCCUAAAAACCAAUAUUUUUUACUUUUUUUUACUUUUAUUGGAGUAAUAUUAUUAUAUGUCAUCGUACUCUAAAAUAUAGUACAUGGCAUACUUCUUGUAUAUUAUAGUAGUAUGUUAUAAAACGGUUGUAAAUAUUUAUUGUUUAUUACUAUUUGCACAAAAAGAGAUCAAAAUGAUGUGAAAUGGCUAGUUAUAACAUUCUAAUAAUCUUUAUUGCCAUUUACAACGGAUGUUUACUGUAUAUGACAUAGUUUAUGACAUAUAUUGAUAUUAAAAUAUAUUUUUACAUUGACAAUGUAAAAGCAUAUAUUGACAAUGUAAAAGCAUAUAUUGACAAUGUAAAAGCAUAUAUUGACAAUGUAACUUUUUAUAAGGUGCCGACAUAAAGAACCCGCCACGUUUUACAGGUAAUUACAGGCAAAGUAUGGCGGGUUCUUUAUGUCGGCACCUAAUAUAAAGGUUCCAAUGUUAUGGACAAUGUAACUUUGUAAAAAGGUCCCAAUGUUAAUAUCCAAGACAAUAUUAAUAUACUUUGAUGUCAUCCCACGUUAGUCGUAUGUCAUAAUUAGAAAAAACUACUCACGAAACAACCUUUUUCACACGAUAUUUACACCAAAUGUUAUAAAUGUUGUAGUUGUCCUCACAUAAAUUAAUUUAACAUUGAACAUGGUUAAUAUUGAAAGAUAUGUCACACGUAUUUUAAUCCGAAAUACCAUAAAUCACAUUCCCUGUCAAAAAAUUGCUGGACUUAAAACGUAUAAGCCUAAAUUGUGUAAAUUAAACAUAAUUUAUGUUAAAAACUAAAAAAAUCUUAAAAAUGUGUGUCAUUUUACCUAAUCUCCUGAUAUAACAAGGUAGCCUGAGAGAAAUUGUAAGAAUCUGUGUUGCGCAACUUUUUCUUAUGUAAUAUUGAUGAUUUAUAUAACAUUUGCCUCGAUGUAAAACGACCCAACAAAUGACUGCGAGGGUUGGGAUUUGCCAAUUUUUCGUACCGCUUUUUAUCUGCCAUACAAUAUGAGUAUAUAAACAUGAGCCAGCUGUUAUAAACGCCAUUAUUAACUUUACUGAUUCUAAGCCUAAGCUUAAACCUAAGCCUAAGCUAGGCCUAAGCUAAGCCUAAGCUAAGCCUAAGCUAAGCCUAAGCUAAGCCUAAGCUAAGCCUAAGCUAAGCCUAAGCUAAGCCUAAGCUAAGCCUAAGCUAAGCCUAAGCUAAGCCUAAAGCUAAGCCUAAGCUAAGCCUAAGCUAGGCCUAAGCUAAGCCUAAGCUAAGCCUAAGCUAAGCCUAAGCUAAGCCUAAGCUAAGCCUAAGCUAAGCCUAAGCUAAGUCUAAGCUAAGCCUAAGCUAAGUGCCUCGGUGUAAAAUAACGCAACAAAUGACUGCGAGGGCUAGGGUUUGCACGAUUUUUCUGUGCGGUAUUACUUUUUACCUACCAUACCUUACGUAUAUAAAGGCGCACUUUGCUGUUAUAUAGCGUCAUUAUUAACUUUACUAAGCCUAAGCAAAUCCAUACAAAGCCUAAACCUACCAAUUCUAGCCAAACGAAAAGAAGCCUAAGGAUAUAAAGCCAAUGCCUAUUAUAAGAUACAAGAAUAUGAAUUUCAGACAGAAUCAGAUGUGACAUCCUUUUUCGUACCCAAGCGUGAACUCAUGCGAGAUCCGUUGACCGGUCAAAGAUAUCCAGCCAGUCGUGCCGCGAUUCGUCGAAUGUUCAGAUUCAGCUGA